GAUGAACAUGUAUGAAUCAUUUUCUUACAACAACAGCUAGACACGAUUGCCUGCAUUGCAAACGAGCAUUUUCUGUAGGUCUCGUGUUAUAUUUCGGAAGCGGUGUUGCCUCGAUUUCCACUGCUAACAUGGCCAACGUUGCUCUGUUUUUAUGCUUGGCUGUUCUCUGCUAUGUCUGCAGUGUUCAGAGUGAGGAAACAACCCAAGAGCCUAUAUUAUUGAUAAACACCUGCCUGGACUGCGGGCACACGAUUUGUGCCGACGGCCAAUUCCAGGCCUGCGACACAGCACGCGGUCGCUGCGUCUGCCCGACACCCCGCUCACCGGCCGAGGGCGAUCGACGUGACAAACGGUCGCAUCGCCAGCGGGGCGCGGCGUCCACGGAAGAGCAGACCGGCAAGCCGCCACGUGGCAGCGGUGCGGCAUCCACAGAAGAAACCGGCCGGCGCGGCGGAAACCGACUCAGUGGCUGCAUCGACUGUGGCUACAACAUGUGCGACAACGGCCCCAUGCGCUGCGACCGGCAAACCAAUACGUGCGUCUGUAAACCAGGCGGAAGACGUAUGUAAGGGAAUAACGGACGCCGCUUGCCGGAGACUGUCGACAUUUGGUUAACACACAAAUGAUUUUAUUUGGAUGACAGACAUGGUUUCAUGCUGUACUGCUCGCAUAAGCAAUUAUCGUGAUUACAUUAUCAUUUUGCGCUUUACUGUUUCGCUUUGGCUGUCCUCCUGUACGAGCGAUUUAAAUGCAAGUUAAGUUUAACUGAUGUUAAAUUGUCGCAGAUUUGAAUCCCUGUGUAGUUGUUUCCCUGUUCAUCCCGGCACCGGCAGUGUGCCGUGUGCAUCUUGCUUUCUAUGCGUUACCGUUUGUGCUGCAUUCGCGGUUUUCCUUCGCUGACUAACACUACUGCACUUUUAAAUUUACUACCCACCCGCCCAACUGGGCAUCAUGCUUGUUCUCUUUAUACGCUGUUUCUCGAUUUUGUUGUUACCGUUUAUGUCAUUCAUCAAUAAAGGGGGGCGAAGGGACCGGGCACGGGCGGAAGGUGCCGGCAGUGAGCAAUCUGUACCGCACGGUAAGAUACUCAGCUGUAAUUGCGCACUUCCGGUCAUGCCGGUACACUUCAAACCUCACAAACCGCA